UUGGAAAUGGCAACACCCCCUUUCUCCAAUCCCCAAGCAGCCACAACAUUGCCACUCAUCCACCUCUCUUCAGACAGCUGUGUUGACUGCCGUUAAUAAACCAGAGCAUGCUAUCAGCAUAACUACAGGUAGCAUGGCAGCACAUGACCGUGCUCGUGCAGUGCAACUCACCACAGGUACCACAGAAAAAAAUAAUUUAUUAAGGAUUUUAAAAAGCUGUGAAGCUGAAGAGGAUAAACAAAGUAGUCAAGAGGAUAAAUCACAAACGAAUAACAUCAAUCGAGACAAUACAGUGUCUUCACUUAAUGCACCUGAUGUCUUAUGCAAAGAGCAGAUUACUAUACCAGUUGAACUGAGCAAGGAGGAAUACAAGCAGGCUUCAUCAGAGGAGUCUAAAGAGGUCACCAUACUGCAAGACGAUCAAAACGAGGUUAGUCAACUUAUCCUGAUAAGGAGAGAUGCUGAUUUAUACCCAGAAGAGCAUAAGGAACAGUCCAAAGGCACUAAGUUUCUGCAAGAAGAUGCUACCUCAGCUACAGAGGGAGACAAUAAUACCCCCAAAGAAGUAGAAGAAUAUAACGAGAAAGCUGUAACCCCAAAGGAAAGCAAUUCAAGGCAAGUGGGAAUCAGCAUUGUCCCAAAAGGAAAGGACAGCAGUAUCGCAUUAGAAGAAGAGGAUUUUAAUAUGGCUUACCACAAAGAAAAGUUGAGUGUUGGCUCUGAACCAGAUAAUAAAGUCAAAGUUGCUGAAGAUUUUCAGGAACUCCAAGAUCCAAAUGGUCUUUUUCAAGAACAUCAUAUGUCUACAGCACAACAUGUGGAGCCUGGUGAGGGCCAGGUUUCAUUAAAGGAGUUCGAGGGAACCUUUGAAUCAAAAGGAAGUUGUAAAGCUGCUUCUGAUCAAGACAAAAUGUAUAUCAGGUCUCAGAUUAUUUUUCAAGGUAAAGUAGCUGAAUCCUCUUUUUCUCCAAAGGAUGCAAUAGCGCAAAACAUCCAGCAGGGUGAGCUGUUACUUUAUCGGCUGCACCUUGUACAGCAGAAUCAAGAGUUGCAAAAGGUGUCAGGAAGUCCAGUAACAUCACACACUGCAGCCAUGGUGAUGACCAAUGACACAAUGAAGAAUGUUACUAUGAUGCCACACACAGAGGGGGAGGAUGAUGGAGGGAAAGAGAGAGACGUAUCUUUAAGAGUAGAAACCAUAGAGAAGGAGAGUGAGGUGCAAAGGUUCCAAACUUCCUCAGCAGAAACCAGAGACCAUAAAGAGGCCAAAAUGGAAAAGGAAGUGAGCGAUGAUGAACAGAGUGAUAGUGGGGUGUCUGCUGACUUCUUUCCAGGUGGAAUCCAUGAGCUUCCUACAUCUUACUCCCAGAACACCAGGGCCAUUGAGGAGACCCCCAUACAGAGAGAGAUCAGAGAAGGCUUAGAAAGGGAGAAAACCCUGCGUCAAUCUAGAGGUCUUGAUGAUUGGGGCGAGAAGUCUCAGGAACUGGUGGAAAUCACAGUAAAGGGAUCCUUGGAAACUCCAGAACAGAUUACAAACAGUGGUUUUGAUGCUGAAAAGAGGCUUGAUAAGAGAAAGAUGCUUCAGGAUAUAAACCAGGAGGCAAUGAAAGAGCAGGUCCUAAAGAAACUAGAUAAGGUUCCAGGCUUCUAUAGUAGGGGUCCUGCACAAGGUUUAAAAGAAAAACGGAUAUUUGACACCUUCCACCAGUGCAAGAAAAUGGAUACACAGGGCUCUUAUAGAUGCAAGUCCUUCUUCUCUUCGUCAUUUACUGCUGGGGAUGCUGAAAACCUUGCAGUGCAAGGGCACAGCCUAAGUUUUGUGUCUGUGUUUGAACGUACCCGCAGUCUGGAACUGUUCACCAACUACCAAUUUAAAGAUCCUACUGCUCCAUUACAUGGUACUGAAUCUGACACAGCUUCUGACACUGAAAGUCACAAAGAACCUCAAAAGACAAUUUCAGAUGGUGACGCCAGCCAAGAUCCACAGUCAAAGUCACUACGUUCAUCUGUUAGCUUGAAUUCCUUGGAUUGGGACUCUGGGAUAAUGUCUUCAAACUUGGGUAGUGAAAAGGAGGAUGAGGAAGGUUCAUUCCUGAAAAGAAAGAACCCAUUCUUUCCGCUCCGCCCUGCACUAUCUCUGAGACCAGACGUGGAGAUGGAGAUCAGAGAGGCUAUCAAGAGGGAGCAAGAACUUAGAAGACUGAGGAAUAGACUUUAUGGUGACCAGGGGAACCAUUUGGGAGAUGAACGGGAAGGAAAUACACAGUCCUCCUGUGUAGAAUCCUCAUCUACAGUGACAGAUUAUGUAUACAGGGGGAAGUUAACCCUCAUGUGGCCUCCACCUUCCUCUAAAGUGGAAAAGGAGUCUGGCCCUCCGAACCCAGUUGGACAGAGACCCACACUUCAACACCGCUGGGAAAAUGGCACGAUGAGCAGCUCAUGCAAUGAGAGAGAGACUAACAAAACGUCACCACUUCCAUGACCCUCUGCCCUUUCAGUAGCCACAGAUUCAAAUGCUCAUACACACAAAGUGUAGGACUGUAUAAUCAUCUUGUGGGGGGUGGUUUAACUCACUAAAGUAUGCCUGUGUUUUGUGUUUGCCAUUUUUGCUAAUUGACUUUAAGACUGUGGCUGUUCUCUUCACUUUUUGAUAGAUGGAGGAUGAGCAUAACAAAUCUGAUUUGUAACAAUCUAAUUUAUUAGCAGACAAAAACUGGAUAUAAUGGGACCGGUAGGCUAUGAAAAAAAAAAUCGAUACUUGUUUUGAUUUAUUAGAAUCAAUACCAGUAACAUUAAAACAGUUACCAGUGUUUUAUGUAUGUCAAUAGGUUUAUUUGUUUAUUUAUUAAUUUCCAAACCUGUACUUGUGGCAGCCCAGUAUUACUUGUAGUUAUUGUCAAGUACCAGGGUAGGCUAAUUAAUAUUUAAGUUAAAUCAGGUGUGCCAGAGAUGAAGGAAUUUUAUGUAUUUCUUACAUUUUAUAUUAUUCCUUGAGGUUCAAUCAACAUUUGUUUGGCCUUAUGUACUAAAAACGGUCAUUUUCUAGUCAUUGUACCAACAUUCAUUUUUACAUGAUCGUGACUUUUUCUCUUUUUAUUGAACAGGCUGUUUUUGUUACUGUGUCUUUAAGAAUGAUAUAUGUAAAUAGGCUCUUUUUUGAUUGACUGUCCUGUCUUGUGGCUCAUUCAAAAGCAGUUUGAGCUAAAAUACAUCUUAUACCUUCAGCAUGAAUGGAUGCUGAACGGCUGCUCACUGAAUAGGCAGUUAUUUAUAUAUAUUAUAGACUAUUUUUCUGUGACCUAAAAAGCAGUGAAUUCAAAAUGGGCUGUUUUUUGAAGCUUAGUUUUCAUGUAUGGACUAGAGAGUGACCGUUUUGAACAGCCUUUAUAUUAGAGGGGAACUGUCAGAGAAGCCCUAAUGAUUCCUGGCAAACAAAGAUACUUGUCUGCAAUAUUUUGUUCAUUUUUAUUCAAUAUAAUUAUCCAUUCUUCACAUAUUACAGUCCUUGUUUUGACUUGAUUUUUAAGCUUUGGAUGGAAAUAAAAAAGAGAAAAUUUUGAAC